UCACGUCAACGCAGGUACCUUGUCGUCAGACUUUGAUGUCCCCCAGUCCUCAAUCCAUGCAUCCAUCCAUCCAUCGAGCUCCACACGACACUCACAAGAGGCAAAGGAGUUGUUUUCGCUCACGGAGCAGCCAGGCACACACACACACACACACUGGUCCCCCCCCCCAGCGCACCCGUCCGCCCGUCCAUCCAUCCCCGUAGGUAGACUACAACUACUUACCUUCGAAAACUGUCGAAUUCUGUUACCCCUCUGUUAUCCAGUGGAUUCCCUCCCCGUCAGAGUCAAAGUGCGGCGCCGCACCACUCGUCACCGACUGGGAGUCCCCGAAAGGACAGACAGAGGGACGAGUAGGAAGCAGGCACGAUUGAUUGAUUCCACCAUCCGAGCAUCUUUCUCCAUCCUCUCUGUGUGUGGUGUCUCGUCUCUGCUCGACCCGCCAGCCCCAACGCAGUCCCCUGCAUCCUCCAACAGACGCAGGUUUCGGCGCCGGAUGACGCAGGUUGAGCAGGGAUCAAGACACUGCAAGAGAAGACAUCAGUCAAUCUGGCGAUAUGAUCUGUGGGCCAAAGAUCUGCACACAGGGGAGGGCAGCCGUAGGUAGGUAGCUGCUCUCUUCUACGCGCUACGAAUGCAGCCACCUAUACUCAUCCAGCCAUGCUCCACAAAUGAAUAAAGAAAACCACACAUCCAUCCAUUCAUCAUCGAAAGUAGGCCCACCAAAAAGACGCACAGAUAAAAAGAAACAAACGCAGACACACACCCACCCAGCCAUGUAUACCGGUAGGGUACCUACACCUAUCUAUGUUAGUUCGUACGGACUUGUGAGUGUAUGUGUGUGUGGUGUGUGUGUUAUGCAGCCGUCAUGUCGGCAUCGGGGGCGCCCGCAGCGGCAGCACCUGGCUGCUCGACGUCACCACCAGCAGGAGCAUCCCCCUCGCCGCCCUCGGCCUUGGCGGCAGCCGCUGCUGCUGGCGCACCAUCCUCUGACAACAGCACCGCGCACAGAGGGACAGAGCAAUGAAUGCAUGACACGUUGCGUGAGGCCGUUCGUUUCCUUUCCCACCGGUAGUGUUGCCGGUGACGGUCCUAGCACGCUUGGCCUCGGGCUCCUCGGUGCCCUCACCCUCACCCUCACCCUCCUCCCCUCCCUCCUUCUUGGCGGCUGCCUCGGCCGCCCCGGCCUUGGCCUCAUCCGCUUGCUCCUCCUCCUCGCCGCCCUCAUCCUUCAUCUCCUCGUCCUUGGCACCGCCACCACCACCACCACCAGCGGCAGCGGCGGGCUCGGCUUCCUCGUCCUCGUCCGUGCGCUCCUGAUAGCGACAUCCAUGGACACACAGACAAAUGGGCGAUGGGGUGGUGGUCGUGGUCGUGUUUGUUGUGUUACGUUUUCGUCUUCCUCCCCCUCGUCCUCAUCGUCUUCGUCGCCCUCGCCCUUCUUGCCCUUCUUGGACGAGGAACCGCCGCCAGUGCCUGACAAACAUGACAGGACACGACACACACAAAUGAACACGCGUGUGUGGUUGUGCGUUGUCGGACGGUCUGUCGGCCCACUGACUCUGCUUCCAGGCAGCGAGCAGCUCCUCAGCCUUGUCCUUGUACGGCUGACAGCCACAGAACACACACACAGGACACGGUGCGGUGCACCAUGUGAGCGUCCAUCCAUGUGAGCGUCCAUCCUCUCCCCGUCCGUCCGAAGUCACCUUCUUUUCGUCAUCGUCCAUGUCGUUCCACUCCUCCCCGAGCCGUUUGUUGAUUUCCUUGGGUGCGGCAUCGACGCCCUCGGCCUCCAUCUCCUGCUUCACGGCCGCGCGACGCUCGUUGCAGAACAGGAUGAACUUGCCGGGCGGGCGCUUCACACCACUGCCGCCCUUCUGAUAUCAUUGGAGAGAGAAGACGACACACGCACACGAGUGGAGUGGAUAUCAGAUCUGUGUUCGGGGUGGGUGUGGUUUACCUACCGAUUUGGCUGACGAUGCCUUGGACGAGGUCUUGCCGCUCUUCUUGCUAGACUGCACACACAAAGACACAAGACACCACCCAAGCAGCUGUACACAGCACAGGUGGCCCCUCCCUCCCUGACUGACCUUUUUGCCCCCGGUGCUGUGGAGUUUCUUUCCGGCGAAGUCCCCCUUGGGGCACGACAGAAACUCAGCCAACUCACUCGACAACUCAUCUGCACAAAAGGAUGAUGAUUUCGUCAGGUUUGUUGUGUCGGCGUGUUGUUUGUCGCUCCGUUCCCUCCCCCACCCUUACCCUUGGUGCCCGAGUGUGUGAGGCCCACGAUGGUGCAGAUGUCCUGCAGCUGCUUCACCGUGGCCGUCUUCAAACGCCGCUCCAAAUCCUCUUGGGUCUGACAGACAGACGGGCGGAUUGACAUCACCACACACACACAACGACAAGAUGCAUUGCAUGCAUUGCCACCGUUUCGUGACCGGGCUGGUUUACCGCUGUGCCCUUCUCGCCACUGAUGCCCGUCCACUUGCUGAUCUCAGGCUUGCGAGUGGUCUUGGUACCGUCCGUCUGCACACACGCAGGCACAGAGAAACACGCACACAAAUGGAUGUCCGCCCUGCCCUGCCUUGGUCGGUAGGUGAAGUGUGUGGUGUCACGUCAUACAUUGUAGAGGCAGCGGUGGAACUUCUUGAUGUUCUCGUCAGCGAUGUGCUUCCACGCCUUCGGGUCCAUCAGACUGCCCAGCUUCUCGCCCUUGCCCUGAUACACACCGUCCGUCCACCCACAUCGUCCACCCAUCACACCACAUACAGGCAGCAAGUAAGGCCGUCUGUAGGUACUACACCCCUCCCGCCACCGAUUCCGUCCGUCACCUACCUUGGGUAUGAGGUGUCCCUUCUUCUCCUUGGGCUCCUCAUCCUCAUGAAGGCCACGGGCGACCUGUGCAGACUGAUAAGUAACAUACACACAUAAACAAGCACACACACAGGAGAGAUUAAUCAGAUCAUAGCGUGGCACCACCCACCCCUCCACCCACCCCACCUACUUACCGGUUUGUAGAACCCCUCAGCUUUUUCCUUGCCUCGUCGCGGCCGGUCGCCCUUGUCAGCCACAGCCGCAGCUGCCGCACUGCUGGCUCCGGCGCCCUCUGCCGCCUUGCGCUUCUUCUCGCCCGCCGAUUUCUUGUCCUCCGUCCCGUUCACCAUGGCUGCAGGAGCCUCAACCGACGAUGUCUCGGCCGCCUUGGCCUGCAGACAAAGUGAGGAUGAAAGCAGAGGGGGGUGAGGGAGCCGCCUGUGAGGCAGAUCUGUGCCUCCCUGGCUGAGCCACGAGUGAAGAUCGCUAUCAUUCAAGCUCUUGCACUGGCUUUGCUCACCUCCGUCUGUUUGGCCUCGUCGGCGCCCUCCAUCUCAACACGCUACCGCUAGAUGGAUGGGGAUGCACGUGCGGGCUGUGUCCGUCCUAUCCUAGGUACCUGCAAGGCCGGUGGACACUCAGAUGACCGCCGACACACAGGUUGAUGCCGCCAACUCAAGAGAAGCACAGCCACAGCUACUGCGAUACUCCGAAGUCGUACUCUCUGCGUCGUUUCGCCUCCCGAAAUCACUCU